CGGGCGCUAUAAGAGGGCGGCGGCCGCGGCGCACCCUGCGCGGAGUCGGGAGCGCGAUGGUCAGCCGCCGCGGCGCGGCAAGAUGCUGGAUGGGUCCCUGCUGGCGCGCUGGCUGGCCGCGGCCUUCGGGCUGACGCUGCUGCUCGCCGCGCUGCGCCCUUCGGCCGCCUACUUCGGGCUGACUGGCAGCGAGCCCCUGACCAUCCUCCCGCUGACCCUGGAGCCUGAGACGGCUGCCCAGGCUCACUACAAGGCCUGUGAUCGGCUGAAAUUGGAGCGCAAGCAAAGGCGCAUGUGCCGCCGCGACCCGGGUGUGGCGGAGACGCUGGUCGAGGCGGUGAGCAUGAGCGCGCUCGAGUGCCAGUACCAGUUCCGCUUCGAGCGCUGGAACUGCUCCCUGGAGGGCCGCUACCGCGCCAGCCUGCUCAAGCGCGGCUUCAAGGAGACCGCCUUCCUCUAUGCCAUUUCCUCGGCUGGCCUGACACAUGCCCUGGCCAAGGCGUGCAGUGCGGGACGCAUGGAGCGCUGCACGUGCGACGAGGCCCCGGACCUGGAGAACCGCGAGGCCUGGCAGUGGGGCGGCUGUGGGGACAACCUCAAGUACAGCAGCAAGUUCGUCAAGGAGUUCCUGGGCAGGCGGUCGAGCAAGGACCUGCGAGCCCGUGUGGACUUCCACAACAACCUGGUGGGCGUGAAGGUGAUCAAGGCCGGGGUGGAGACCACCUGCAAGUGCCACGGAGUGUCGGGCUCCUGCACGGUGCGGACUUGCUGGCGGCAGCUGGCGCCCUUCCACGAGGUGGGCAAGCACCUGAAGCACAAGUACGAGACGGCGCUCAAGGUGGGCAGCACCACCAACGAGGCCACUGGAGAGGCAGGCGCCAUCGCCCCACCGCGGGGCCGGGCCUCAGGGGCCGGCAGUGGUGACCCACUGCCCCGCACACCCGAGCUCGUACACCUGGAUGACUCACCCAGCUUCUGCCUGGCCGGCCGCUUCUCCCCAGGCACAGCUGGCCGCAGGUGCCACCGUGAGAAGAACUGUGAGAGCAUCUGCUGUGGCCGCGGCCACAACACGCAGAGCCGGGUGGUGACAAGGCCCUGCCAGUGCCAGGUACGCUGGUGCUGCUAUGUGGAGUGCCGGCAGUGCACACAGCGAGAGGAGGUCUACACCUGCAAGGGCUGAGCCCCAGCCCUGCAGCCCUGCCGCGUGGGUGUAGGCCGUGCACACAGCGAGAGGAGGUCUACACCUGCAGGGGCUGAGCCCCAGCCCUGCAGCCCUGCCGCGUGGGUGUAGGCCGUGCACACAGUGAGAGGAGGUCUACACCUGCAAGGGCUGAGCCCCAGCCCUGCAGCCCUGCCGCGUGGGGUGUAGGCUGUGCACACAGAGGAGGUCUACACCUGCAGGGGCUGAGCCCCAGCCCUGCAGCCCUGCCGCGUGGGGUGUAGGCCGUGCACACAGCGAGAGGAGGUCUACACCUGCAAGGGCUGAGCCCCAGCCCUGCAGCCCUGCCGCGUGGGUGUAGGCCGUGCACACAGCGAGAGGAGGUCUACACCUGCAAGGGCUGAGCCCCAGCCCUGCAGCCCUGCCGCGUGGGUGUAGGCCGUGCACACAGCGAGAGGAGGUCUACACCUGCAGGGGCUGAGCCCCAGCCCUGCAGCCCUGCCGCGUGGGGUGUAGGCUGUGCACACAGAGGAGGUCUACACCUGCAGGGGCUGAGCCCCAGCCCUGCAGCCCUGCCGCGUGGGGUGUAGGCCGUGCACACAGAGGAGGUCUACACCUGCAGGGGCUGAGCCCCAGCCCUGCAGCCCUGCCGCGUGGGUGUAGGCCGUGCACCAGCGAGAGGAGGUCUACACCUGCAAGGGCUGAGCCCCAGCCCUGCAGCCCUGCCAUGUGGGGUGUAGGCCGUGCACACAGCGAGAAGAGGUCUACACCUGCAGGGGCUGAGCCCCAGCCCUGCAGCCCUGCCGCGUGGGGUGUAGGCCGUGCACACAGCGAGAAGAGGUCUACACCUGCAGGGGCUGAGCCCCAGCCCUGCAGCCCUGCCGCGUGGGUGUAGGCCGUGCACACAGCGAGAAGAGGUCUACACCUGCAGGGGCUGAGCCCCAGCCCUGCAGCCCUGCCAUGUGGGGUGUAGCCUGUGCACACAGCGAGAGGAGGUCUACACCUGCAGAGGCUGAGCCCCAACUCUCCAGCCCUGCCGCAUGCGGUGUAGCCAUGCACACAGCGAGAGGAGGUCUACACCUGCAGGGGCUGAGCCCCCAGCCCUCCAGCCCUGGGGCAUGGAGUGCCGGCAGUGCACACAGCGAGAGGAGGUCUACACCUGCAAGGGCUGAGCCCCAGCCCUGCAGCCCUGCCGCGUGGGGUGUAGGCUGUGCACACAGCGAGAGGAGGUCUACACCUGCAGGGGCUGAGCCCCAGCCCUGCAGCCCUGCCGCGUGGGGUGUAGGCCGUGCACACAGAG